CAAUACAAUUCAGUUAUGUGCUUGAUUUCGUGUAAGCACCGUAUCAACAUUUAUUUCAAAUAAAAAGUUUAAACAAGCUAUACUUUAAUCAUAGAUAUACUGGUGACAGGCCAUCUAUUGCAGAGAAAUAAAAAUGUAUUUCAUAAAAUUACUUUUUAUUAUUUUUAUUGGGAAAUGCUUUGAACACGUGAUAUUUGCAGCUUACAAUCCAAUGCUAACUUAUACGAUACGAUUUCAAAAAUUGUAUUUUCAACCCAAUUUCACUGGGAAUUAUACAAUCAAUAAAUACAGAGAAAAGGAAUUCGUUAAUGGAUAUAUUGCACUUGACUCGCCAGAACCAUUAGAAAAGCUUGUCGUAGUAUUUCAACGUUGUAACCCAGAAGGUGUAAACUGUGAAUAUUUUCAAUCAUGGACUUUAACCGAUCUUUGCCCUAAAUUAAAGGACAAGAAUCAAAUAUGGUCCAGUUGGUAUAGAGCAUUUGAUCCACAACCAAAUUGUCCAGUAACAAAAGUGAAUUCUUUUAUACGAAAUGGAACUAUUGAUUUUGCGCCGGCGGUUCGAUGGUAUCCCGAUAUUGUUAACUAUCAAUGGAAAGUGACACAAAAGUUUUAUGCUGCAGGUGAACGUUAUAUAGGUAGUUACACGUUUGAACUAUCAGUGUUUGGCUACAGGAAAAGAAACAUAAAACAAACAAAACAAUAAAAUGUAAUUCAUUCUACGCAUACAAAUAUUUUACAAUUUAUUUAACCAUUAACAGACUAUUUAAUUUUAUUAAAAACAACACUUACAUCUUGAUAUUUAUGUUGUAAAACUUAAUUAUAUAUUUUAUCACUAACUAUAUUAUAUUUUUGUAUUUGGCUGAAAAUGGGAUGACGGUGUUAUAAUUAUACUCAUUAUACAUUUUAAUAAAUAAACUUUAAACUUUUUUUUGUA